GAAAAUCGCACCCAAGAAGAAACCUGCUGCAAAGAAGACAGCUGAUCACCCUAAAUAUGUGGACAUGAUCAAGGCUGCUAUCGCUACCCUAAAGGAACGCGGUGGUUCAUCUCGCCAAGCUAUUACAAAAUAUAUUCAUGCAAAUUACAAAGUUGCUGAAAACUCAGAUCAUCAUCUGAAAAUGGCUCUUAAACGAGGAGUAACAUCAGGCGAUUUGAUUCAAACUAAAGGCACUGGUGCUUCUGGAUCAUUCAAGCUAGGUCAGGUAAAAAAAGAAAAACCUAAGAAAAAGGCCGCAGCAAAAAAGCCAACGGCAAAGAAGCCUACUGCAAAGAAAAGUACACCAAAAAAGAAGCCAGCAAAGAAGAGCACGCCAAAGAAAGCAGCAAAGAAGCCUGCCACAAAGAAAGCCUCGGCUAAGAAACCAGCAGCUAAGAAACCCACAAAGAAGCCUGUUGCUAAAAAACCUGCAGCAAAGAAGGUCAAAAAGACUCCCAAAAAGGCAGCAAAGAAGACCGCAAAAAAAUAAUUUGUGUGUAUCUGGCUAUUACAUUAACAAACGGCUAUUUUUAUAGCCACACAUUUACAAAAAAACAUUAUC